GGUCAAUAUCGUAUAUUCCCAAAGAUAAAAAUCCAUAUUACAUCCCAACCAUCAAUAACCUAUUUAUUUCAUUAUACUUUAAUUCAAUUCUGAUAUGGGAUCCAAUACGGGAUUUUUGAACUGAGAUCUGAUACAGGAUUUUUGAUUACCAGUUUUAUUUUGGUGUUAUUUCCCUGGGAAAACCUGUUAUGAAAUAAAGGUAUUUAUUCUGCAUCAGAGGAAUAAGGUACAUAAACAGGAAUGGCUACAGUUUGAUAUACUGUAUAGGCCUAUACAUAAAUGCUGUCAACAACAAAAAGUUUAUACACUACUAUCAUUUACUGAUAUGUUAUUCUUGUAACAAGCUUACAUUUUGAUAUCCCAACUGAAAUACUUGCACAAUCUUUAUUGCAGAAGCUAGACGUCCUUGAAAUGGUCAGGAAUGAAUUUUCCCUUCCAAGUGUACAAUUUACACCUAGAACAAGUAGCCGGCCAAGGAUAAGCAGUUCAAGAAUUCUAACAUCGCCAGAGAUAAUUGAGCAGAAGAGAAGAAAAGAAGAGGAAAAACAGCAGAAGAUGGAAAGUAAGGAGAGGAGGAAAAUUGAGAGAGAUGAAAAGAGGAAAAUAAAAGAAGAGUUUGAAAUGAAAAAAAAACUGAUGAAAAAAGAUGACUGUGAUGAUGAUGCUGAUGAUGAUGACGAUGAUGAUGAUGAAGAACUAGUGUGUGAAUUGUGUAAGAAGGUCAACAUAAAUGAUGAGGAAGAUGAGGACAAUGAUGAUGAGACGUGUGAGUGGAUCUUAUGUGGAGUUUGCCACACAUGGUAUCAUGUAGUGUGUGCAAAAAAUGCAGGGGCAUAUGUACCCCCCUGGUACAUGAUGCAGAAAUUCAAAUUCACAUGUCACAAGCACUGAUUAAAUCAUUGUAAGUGCUGAAGUGUAUCAAGUUUUAAUCAGAAUUGAUUAGAGCCUGAUAUAAUUUCAUAAAGAGUCUCUGAUUGUAUUGAAUUGUAUUGUAUUCCAUAGUGAUGUACAUGUAUUGUAUUGUACAGAUUGUAUUUCCUCAAUCUAACAUGUAAGUACAUUGCAUUCAUGAUAGAAAAAUAACAGUCUGAAACAUUUCGUAAAGUGACUUUGGCCUUUUUAUACAGAGUAUCGUGUUCAUCUUUCUCAAAUAUCUUCCACACUUUGCCUUCACCCAAUAUUAAUAGUGCCACACUUUCAGCAUUUAAAUUGCUACAAUACAGGAAAAAGUGUUCAAAGGUUUCUGACAUAGGCCUAAUUCACAUUUUCUAUUUCUGUUUCUAUGGCUUGAUG